GUGGGUUAUAAAUGAGUAGAUUUAGUCACGUGAUUAGGACCGACAUUGUCAAUAUUUUAUUUCUUAUUGCGUGUUAGACUUCUGCUGUCAGCUGUUGUGUGCUAACAGAAUGGCCCUUCCACCUGCACCAUUUCCACCAAUAAGACAGCCAGAGAUCAAAUAUACACAGUUGUUUAUAAAUAAUGAGUUUGUUGAUGCUGUCGGUGGUAAAACCUUCCCAGUUUAUAAUCCAUCAACCGAACAGAAAAUAGCAGACGUGUCUGAAGGAGAUAAGGCGGAUGUUGAUAAAGCAGUGAAUGCAGCCAAAGCAGCGUUCGAAUUUGGGUCACCAUGGCAACAAAUGGAUGCCAGUGGCCGUGGUCGACUUCUGCUAAAAUUGGCCGAUUUGAUAGACAGAGACGCAGUUUAUUUAUCGAGUUUAGAGACGUUUGAUAAUGGUAAAAUAUUUAAAGAAUCUGUAUAUGUGGAUUUAUUUGGUAGUAGUGGUGUUUUAAGAUAUUAUGCUGGUUGGUGUGACAAAAUACAGGGCAAAACAAUACCAAUAGAUGGUAAUUUCUUUUGUUAUACCAGACGUGAACCAGUAGGAAUAUGUGGUCAGAUUAUACCAUGGAAUUUUCCAAUGCCAAUGAUGAUGUGGAAGAUUGGACCAGCUUUAGCGUGUGGAAAUGUUGUAGUUCUAAAACCAGCGGAACAGACACCUCUCAAUGCACUUUAUAUAGCUUCACUGAUAAAAGAGGCUGGAUUUCCACCAGGUGUAGUAAAUGUAAUACCAGGUUAUGGUCCAACUGCUGGUGCAGCCAUUACAAAUCAUCCAGAUAUCAAUAAGAUUGCGUUUACUGGGUCUACAGAGACAGGAAAAUUAAUAAUGAAGACGGCAGCGGAAACAAUGAAACGUGUAACAUUAGAAUUGGGUGGUAAAAGCCCGAUAGUUGUAUUUGAUGAUGUUGAAGAUAUUGAUAAAGCAGUAGAGAUAGCACACGAAGCUGUUUAUUUUGCUGCUGGUCAGUGUUGUGCUGCUGGUUCGAGAACCUAUGUUCAUGAAGCUAUUUAUGAUGAAUUUGUUAAGAAGACAGUGGAGAGAGCAAGAAAUAGGACUGUUGGUGACCCAUUUAAUGAUGACGUAGAAAUGGGGCCACAGAUCGAUUCAGUUCAGUUUGAUAAAAUUUUAAAUCUGGUAGAAAGUGGUAAAGAAGAAGGUGCCGUAUUAGAAUGUGGUGGAAAAAGACAUGGAACUACUGGAUAUUUUAUAGAACCUACAGUAUUCUCUAAUGUUACAGAAAAUAUGCGGAUAUGUCGAGAAGAAAUUUUCGGACCAGUUCAAACUCUAAUGAAGUUUAGUACAAUGGAAGAGGUAAUAAAGAAGGCCAAUGAAUCAUGCUAUGGUUUAGCGGCUGGAAUAUUAACUGGAAGUAUAGAUAAAGCUUUACAGUUUACCAGUAGAGUUAAAGCUGGUACUGUAUGGGUUAAUUGGUAUAAUUUCCUGACGUCACAAACUCCGUUUGGUGGAUUCAAAGAAUCUGGUAUUGGUCGAGAAUUAGGGGAGGACUCCAUUAAUGCUUACACUGAAACUAAGACGGUAACAAUUAAAACGUCAGGCAAACUUUAAACAGACGAUUGUGACGUCAGCCAAAUUUAAAUGGAUAAAUUUGACGUCAGCCAAAUUUUGAUGAAUUGGAUGUUAAUUGCGUAAUUUUUAUUUCCGACUAUAACAGAAACUGUGCCUACAUGAGUUGUUAUCAAAUUUAAUACACACGUUUUUGUCUUACGAACUUUAUUUCGUGUGAUUUACUUCGGUAUCUAAUGCCAUAAUUGUAGGCCUACAUGUGAUAUCCGUAUUUUUUAUUGUCGAAUGUAGACCUAUAUAUAGAUUGUUUUGUACUUUUUGUAUGCAUGGUUAUUUUCAUCAAGUUGUUCUUGUAAAGCGUCAUAUAGCAGUCAAACUUAAUGAAUGUCCAUCUCUAUAGAAAACAAUAAGGGCCAUGAUUGUUAUUGUUUUAUUAAUUGAACUACAUAAAAUUGCUUGUUGGUCGCAGUCAUCUCUUCGGUUGUUAAGAAUUUUUAUUCUUAAAGGGACAUUAGGUAAGAUUAGAUAAAGAGCUGACAGUUCUUGCUAUAAUAGUUAAAAAUAGAUAAUGAAAGGAGAAUAGGCUGAAAAUUUCAGUCGAACUGCUUCACAGGGUUUUGAUUAAAGGCAAUAACUCCAAAUAAAUAGACAUCCUCGUCGCUUAAACAUAAGCAAUGUGUCUGUACGGCACAAUGAGUAGGGUCGCCUGCCUAAUUUUGGGGUUUCUCCUUCCAUUGCUGAAAACAUGUGCGAAUCAUUGGGAUAACAGAUAUAUCAUACUGAACUUACAUUCGAUUCCCUCCUGUACAGCACAGAGAGUCACCUGUCUAACCUCGGGUGUUUCUCCGGAUUACCCGUUCCCCGAAUGAUAAUAUCUAUAUUAUAGUUAGGUUCGACCUCUCUGUCAACAAAUUUAAUUCUUUAGUAUACUGAAUAUAAGAUUCCUGUUUGAAUGGGAUUCCAUUAACUUAAGAAUUAUAGAUUUAAGAUUUAACUGCAACACAAGAAUACAAUCAUUCGUAAUUUUGAUUCUAUGUACAGACAAGUGAGAAUUAGUCUUGAAACAUCCAAAAUAUUCACCUCGGCCCUCGCCAGAGCUCGAUGCCUGAACAUUUUAUAGUCGACAGUCAGAUUUGUUAUUACAGUUAUUAUAUGAUCUGUAUUCGAUUUAAAAGUAAAAUUUUCAAGGUAUGUCAUUGCCCGAUUACAACAACUUUAUAUUAUCUAAUUAGGAAAUGAAAUUUUAAAUGUAGAGUGAUACAUGAAAUAAACAACAUAUUAUUCGCAUGAGACAAUCUCUACCGCUAACUUGUUGGGAGCUUAUAACUUAUGAGGUUGAAAAGACUGUCAUCAUAUAUGAUUUAAUACAAUAUUAUCUCAACUUGCAUAAACUCAUUCAUUUUAUUUCCAUUACUGUCACACCUGUAAGAUAUACAACGGAAAUGAAUAAUAUAAAUAAGUAGACCAGGAAUUAUGCUUGAAUAUUUUGGGUGGAGACAUCUUAGGACUAUACCAACAUUUCUUUACCAAUCCCAUUCCUAUCAUUAUCUAAGAUUGCCAGCUGUAUGUUUGCCGUCAUUUGUUAUCACAGAAUGAUAGGCUAAAUCUUAUUUUUGAUAACAAAAAAACCAAAAAAAAAACCAAAUGAAAAAAAAUAGCUUAUUCCACAAUCUACUUGUAUAUAUGCUGCCUCAAAAAACCCAAACUUAAAAACCCACACAACAUAAUCUGAAUUUUACCUGUGUGUUGUGUUCGAUAAUAUGAGCGCAUAUUGUUCUGAUAUGUUCGCCUUGCUUCCACUGCCCCUGGGGAGUUAGGUGGCCGAAUCGUCUAACGGGUGAGCAUUAGGGCAUUAGAUCAUAAGGUUUGUCACUGAGUCAAGUGGCGUGGUUUUGAUCCCACCCUUGUACGUGACAAGGAAUAAAGUCGCCAGUCUAACCUGCGAAUCACGACACGUCGUAUUAGUUGAUUGAAACUGCCCACGUUCCCGGGCUAUCUCAUGACAUUUCAAAAUUAUAUGACACUUCCCCCAAUCCGUAAUAUUGUAGCCUCGAUUAUCAAAAACAGAUCACAUUGUUUCUCCCAUUGCUAAAGACCCCUACGAGCAAGCUAAUGUCAGUCCCGAAAUGAAAUAGUUUCUGUCAAGUGGGCGUUGAACCCCAUUUCUCUCCCGUUCUCUCUCACCCGACCCUUCCUCAUAACGUGCACGAUAUAAAAAGAAAUCUGUUAUACGCGAUCGUUUUCUACUCUUCUCCUGAUAAGAGCUUACUACACAUUUUCAUAGGCCCGUGGCCACUCAAGUGAAUAAAGAUAAUACUACUACCA